UUAAGCGAAAGCUUCUUCUAUUCUGUCCACAACCAUUUGAACCAUUUGACACAGGAUUGAGCUGUACUGUUCGGGUUGCGGUGUCGAAAUCUGGGUAGUUUCUGGUUCUGCUGAAAACCACUGGUAAAUUACGCCGGGCCUAAAAGGAUAUAUUUGUACCAUCGUGAGUUUGUGAGGGCGCUUUUGGAAUAUGGGGUUCAAUCUGCUAGUCCUUGUUUCAAGUAUGCAUAUUUCAUGCUUCAGGAAGCAGAUACACCAGGACGAGUUCAGUGGCGAGUGACCGAAACGAUGAAAGAACUCUUCGGCCUAUUAUAUUAAGACAAACUGAAGCGCUCCAACCCACUUACAUUGUUUUACCCCAGGUUACGGAGGUGAUUCUAAUCAGCUCGUAUUAAUUAUUACUGACUUACCGUUUACUGGACGUUUAUCUUGCAAUUAAUAUGUCUUGUCUUUUCCUUCCAUUUAGGAAUGAUUAUAUGAGGAGAGACUCCAUGAAAUUUCAAAAACUGAGAUCAAAUAUCUACGCCUGGAACUCCGUUUCUCACAUCGAGCAGUGAUUCGUACAAUCCUCUCACAGGACACGUAAUACCAACACCUUUUGAUCCAUUCAAAGCACGACCGGAUCUCCACAGCACUACAAGCUACAAGAAAUAAUAUAGGUCGGCUGACCUAUUCUUACUACUGAAGACUAGUUAUCACGUAAACCACUUCCACAAGACUCAGACUGCUAGUCCUUGCUAAACAUCACCUCAAAAUAACGUACUUUAAAGAAUGCCAGGCGGUUAUAUUCCCGGUCUUCCACCUAUCUACCCUAAUAGUUGGAUCUCUUCAGGAAUAUCUAACAUGUCUCGCCUAGAACCUGCUGACUCAAACUGCACCUAUGGAAUUCACUGGAUAUGGGUUUCAAUGGGACUGUGUGUUAUGGAUAUUCAAGGUGGCAUAGCCUUAUUUUGUGGAGUUCUAUGUUUAUUUCUUUGGAUUGCAGUAGGUAUACCUCAAAUUGUUGAGAAUUUUCGAACAGGAAUUGCAGACAAAGCUCUUUCUCCUAGUUUUCUUUGCUUUUGGACUUUCGGUGAUGUCUGUAACCUGAUAGGUUGUUUUUUAACACAUCAACUGAUUAUGCAGAUUGUUGUGACAGGGUACUGUAUUGUUAGUGACUUCGUCCUUGUGUUCCAAUUCAUCUAUUACAAACAUCGUCAUAAGGCUAUCUUACGUCAAAUGGCUACAGCUUUAAAAGAUGGUGAAGUAUCUUCGAACUCAAGCUCUUCUUCUCCCAUUAUUUGUGACGAAUCGGAACAACAUAAUUCACAUCAAGGAUAUCAAAGACUUUCAGUUGGUUUAGUUGGUGCAGGAUGUUUAACUUUGAUGGGCAUUUCUUUAACUUCCAUCGAGAAUCCGUUUAAUACUUAUGUUAUUAAACAAUCAGUAUCCAGUGGUUUACACUAUCAAUCAAGACAGUUAUUGGAGUGGAAACAAUAUGAAUCAACAGAUCAUCCAUUCAUAAAUUCAGAUCCUUUAAAUGGUGGUACAAUUAUAUUGGGAUAUAUUCUUGGGUGGAUUUCCACAUCCAUGUACCUGUUCUCUCGAUUGCCACAAUUAUUUCGCAAUAUGUUAUGUCAAUUCUUCUUUUAUCAAUUACAUCAAGACGAAAAUAAUAAUGACAGUAAUAAUCAGGAUCAAAGGAAUUUAUUAGAUACAAACCCCAGUCAAACUGAAACAGUUUAAGAUUAUUCUUUUUCACUAUAUAAUUGUAAAAUGUUAUUUCCAAUGUUUGUUCAUUUUUGCUACAGUUUCAAGUAUUUUAGUCCAUAGUUUCGCAUUCUUCCUGUAACUUGUUAAAUAUAUAUAUUAAUUGAGAUCAUCAAUCUCCACAACCCUAUACACUGAUAAAUACAUAUUUACUAAAUAAGAGAAAUUUAGCCACUUUGUUUGUUUGUUCGUCUGUUAUUUCCUUAUAUUCACUUUUAUUUGUUUGUACAGAAUAGUUUGUAUUUGAUUAUCCUACUGGUUUCGUUUUAUUUGUUCUUCUCUUUACAUUUGAUUUCAACUUCGUAUUAUUUCGAUAAAUAACUUUGUUACUAUUUUUUAUUAUCAUGAUUUUAAUAAUUUUAAAAUGUUGACUUAUCC